AUGAGACGAAAGACGAUUCGUGGCAGGAGACGGAGACAUCAGGAGAAGGCAAAGGAGGCGGCAGAGGAGCAGGAUGAGGAGGCGGGUGAGGCGGAGGUUGACGAGAGGGAGAGAUUCAAGGUCUACAAGCACGCUGGACGAUAUUGGAACCCUUUCCCGGAGUGGAGAGAACAGGGUAUCUGGGAAUGGUUCUACUGGAAACUGCAUAAGCUCGUCACAUGGAACUUCAUUAACCCUGCUGGACUUCCUUGGGAUAAGACAGUCUUGGAGCGUACGAUACCGCUUUACACCCCGGACUUUGCAUUGCUCAUUGAGGCUUCAGGAGAUAAGGUGACUGAGGUUGAGGAGGCUGAGAUGAUUGCUUUGCAUGACUUGGUUGCACCUGGACAGGAAAUUGUUGAGGCUGUGGCACUGGAUGAUCCGCUCAGCGCAAGCUGGGCCACGAUGGAGUCUACCUCAUCAACCGACGAACCAGAAUCCAACCCAAACUCCGACGAGACCGUUGUACCAAUGUUGACCACCAUUCCUGCUGUCCUCGUUCAAGACUCUGCACCAGUCCCCGAAAUUCCUGCCGUCGAAGACCGUAUCGUUUACACCUGGCUCGGGCAGUCUUGCGUCCACGUCCAACUCGGGUCCCUCACCGUCUUGACCGACCCUGUUUUCUCCUUUUCGCUUCCGUCCGACAACUCAGAACUUCCAACAUUCAUGAAAGUCGACCGUAUCCGUCCUGUCCCAGCUACGCUUGAGAGUCUGGGUAAGAUCGAUGUCGUCCUCGUCUCGCACAAUCACUACGACCAUCUGGAGGAAGCGUCUGUUCUCGCUAUCGGUGACUCGGCGGAGUGGUUCGUCCCGAUGGGUAUGAAGGAUUGGUUCAACGAUCUCGGAGUCUUCCGUGUCACAGAGAUGGAGUGGUGGGACUUCGCCCCAGUUCGCUCCAACACCGCAUUCGAGGUCGUUGCGGUUCCGGCUAUGCAUUGGUCUGCACGGACACCGCUGGAUACGAAUACUACCCUCUGGACUGGAUUCUGCAUGAUGCACAACAACGAGAACAUCCUUUACCAUGCUGGUGACACCGGGUAUAUGAAGGAUCUCUUCCCGCUCAUCAAGAAGAACUAUGGAUCGCCCAAACUCGCUCUACUUCCCAUUGGCGCUUACGAACCGAGAUGGCAUCUGUGCACGCAACACAUCGACCCCGAAGACGCUGUCAAGAUCGCCCUCGAGCUUGACGCGGAGAGAGCCGUCGGGGUUCACUGGGGUACCUGGAUCUUGAGUGACGAGCACUACCUCGCCCCCGUCGUCGAGUUACGGAGGAAUGUGGAGAAGUACAAGAUGCAGGCGGGGAGGUUCAUUGCUGGUGAGAUGGGUGAGACGGUGGUUAUCCCGUGGGGAAAGCAGAUGGCGGAGAAGGAGCAUUGGGAGUAUGCCAUGAGGGAGGCGAGGGAUGGGAAGUGCUUGGUUUGGGAGAGGGAGUAG